ACAGCUGUAAUAUAUCGAUGUUUACUUCUCUACGCUUUGUGCUUAAUUUCGCCAAAAUCGUAUUAUAAAUAGCGGCCAUAACAAGUGUUUAGAAUAUGUUUUCGCUGCUACACAAAGAGGAAAACACGCACCCGCUCUGGGCCUGUGCUUGGGGUCGUGAUGCCGAGCCGGCAACUGGAGAUGGAGGCAACACGGAGCCGGAAGAUGAUAAUCCAUUCGACUUCGACAAAAAAGAACCCAAGCCAACGGAUUUUAUUGUCUCCGGUGGACUUGAUGAUCUAGUCAAAGUGUGGGACAUAAGGGAGGACAACACAUUGAAGUUGCGGCAUCAGCUCAAAGGCCAUGCGCUUGGUGUUGUCUCCGUGGCAGUCAGCUCAGAUGGAAAAACUAUUGCCAGCAGCUCGCUGGACUCCAGCAUGUGUCUUUGGGAUGCAAAAACAGGCGAUAAAAAGCACUUUUUGACAUUUGGACCGGUUGACUUGUGGACGGUGGGCUUCUCACCUUGUGACAAGUAUGUAAUAUCCGGGUUGAAUGAUGGCAAGAUAUCCAUGUAUAGCGUGGAAACGGGAAAGGCGGAACAAGUUCUUGACGCCCAGAACGGCAAAUAUACGUUGAGCAUUGCAUAUAGUCCUGAUGGCAAAUAUAUUGCUAGUGGUGCUAUUGAUGGAAUCAUUACUAUUUUCGAUGUAGCAGCGGGCAAGGUUGCACAGACUCUAGAAGGCCAUGCAAUGCCUGUGCGCAGCCUGUGUUUCUCCCCCAACUCACAAAUGCUGCUCACCGGAUCGGACGAUGGCCACAUGAAGCUCUACGAUGUCGCACACUCCGACGUGGUUGGCACCCUUUCGGGACACGCGUCCUGGGUGCUGUGCGUUUCCUUCUCCGACGAUGGAAAACAUUUUGCUAGCUCCUCCAGCGACCGCAGCGUCAAGAUUUGGGACACGGCUGAACGCAAGUGCUUGCACACAUUUAACGAGCAUGGAGAUCAAGUAUGGGGUGUGCGAUACAGCCCGGGAAAUGAUAAGGUGAUAUCCGCCUCGGAGGACAAAUCGCUUAACGUUUACUACUGUCCUCCAAAUGCCAUUGUGUGAUCGGAUCUUCCGAAUUUAACUAAUAAAUUGUAGGCUAAAAUUAA